GACAACCUGAACGACAUUAUCAAUAUUUUUAUCCAAAAACAAAAAGAAAGCAGAAGUUAUCUUAAUUUAAGAUAAAAGAUGAAAUAAAAUUUUUUGUUAUUUUCGGUGUCUAAUUGCCAAAAAAUCAGACGAACAGAUUAAAGAAUGGAGUGCAAAAAGUGUGGUAAAUUAAGAGAUACCACCAGCAAUGCCGGUGACCACAGGAUCGAUCCGACUAGAAAUGUGAUGGACCUGAAGCCUGAAACCACCCUGGAGAUGGAGAUUGAGGAGGCUCUGUCCUCCAGUAGUGCCGACGACACCCCGCCGGGAAUGAUUGUGGUGGAGACCCACAUCAGUUCCUGGGAGAAGGUGAUAUCCCAGAAUGUCCCUGCAGCGGAUGCGGAAUGUCCCGAACUGCCGGCCUGCUCCGUUUCGCUGGGCCUCAAACCGAAUGUCCAGUUUCAGAAGCUGACGCCACCAGUUCAUCCUCUGGUCAAGAGCACCGAGGCAGCUUUGGCCGCCGCCACCUGCUCCGACUAUGUCACUUCAACAGCAAAGCCCUCUGCCACGGAAUCCAUUGCCACAUUGCGUCACUGCAUCGAUGGAGCCACUCAGUGCAACAACCUGGGUUACGAGUCCGUUUCCAACGAUUCAAUGCCAUCGAUUGGAUCGCUGGUCUGUCGCAUUUGUCACAACGCCGAUAAUCCUGAACAACUCGUGUCGCCCUGUUUGUGCAAGGGCUCGCUGACAUAUGUCCACGUGCACUGCCUGGAGCGCUGGAUUAGCACCUCGCGCUGCACCACCUGCGAACUGUGCCAGUUCCAGUACAACACGGAGCAGACGCUGCGGUACACCUGUCUGCAGUCGCUCCGCCUGUGGUACUCGAGGGCCAUGAGUCGCAGGGCCCUGCAGGAGGACUGCCAGAUGUUCUCGCUCCUGACUCUGGUGGCCUUCGGCAUCAUCGGCACCCUACUGGUGGGCAUCCAAUACUACGCCCUCAACACCCACUCCUGGGGACUCAGCAAGCUGUGGACCAAGUCCUGGAUGCUCUUCUUCCUGUUCAUGACGAUAACCGUCUACUUUGCCAACAUCUACAUGCUGAUCAAGUCGCAGCUGACGCCCUGGUAUCGCUGGUGGCAGUCUGCGCGGGACAUAAAGCUCAUCCUGGAGAACCGACGGCCCUUCCCCAAUCCGAGCCGCGUGCUGCGGUCCUUUCCCUUGGACACGGCGUCGACGACAGCCUCCAUGUUCACCCACCACGAUCAGCUGGAAGUGCCGGUGACCAGCAGCCCACCGGUCAUCUUGAUCAGCUCCAGCGAGGAGGAGGUGGCCCCCAAGUGGGGAACCCGCAUGGACAGCGAGGCACUGGCCGCCGCGGUGGCAGCCACUGUGGAAUCCAUUGCUGACGCAAGUGCUCGUGAAAGUGACAAUCAAACCGAGCAGCAGCAACAUGAGGCAACACAGCAACAGCAACAACAACAACAACAGCAACCGGAAGUUGACAUCUGAAAAGGGCAAUGACAAAUACUGGACUGGGUCUCGAGGGGAUUAGGAGUAACCCACUCCUUCGGACCGGGCAAGUAAUUAAGGCUCAAGGGCAAGGACUUCGCUGGGCUUUCGUUGUUUGCGUGUCAUUUGUUUAAUGUAGUUUCGAUGCUUUUAAUGAACUUUUUCCCGAUGAGAGCUCGAAUUAAACGGCUAAACUUGA